AUAAAUAAUUAAAAAAAAAAAGAUUCCAUUUUUAUUCUGGGUUUGAAUAAUCUUCACCCUCUAGAUUUCUUCAUAAUUCUCCUGCUCGUAUUUAUGCGGCGGAAAAUCUGUUCACAAUUGUAGAUGCAGAUUUGUGCCCGCUGAUUUCAUCGCUCGAGAUCGACUCAGAUCUGUAUCAGGUGAAAUAUGGUGCAGAAAUAGAUGAGAAGAACUGAUGUUAUUGGCAGUAGAAGGAGGGGGGUUUUUCUCUUCAUCAGCUUCGGGAUAUAGUAAGGGAUUGACGCUUCUUCUAUUGGGACAGAAAAAUGAGAAGGAACCCAUGAGAGUAACACCUUGGAGCCAGUACCAGUUGGUAGACCAAGAGACUGAUCUCCAGCUGGCUCCUGGGAAGAACCGGCUUGUCCGUGGGUGCGCCUCCUUUGUGUGCUUUGGUCGCCCUGCCGCUGGACAUGAAAACCCUUCUCCCCUGAAAGUUGGACCAACUCAAAACCAAGAAGUUUUGUCAGAGCCUGUAGAUACUGAUGAGAGUAAAGAUCAAGUGCAUUCUGUUGAUCCAGUUGAUUGCAAUGAAAAUAUUAGAACGGUGGUUAGUCUUAAGAGUAGCUUGAAGAAAUCAGCAAUUGUUGGUCCGGUUGCUCAUGCUGUUGAUGGUGGAAACUCCAACAAGCAUGAAGUGGACAGAGGUGUUGCUAGUGAAUUGGAAAAGAGGAAAGUGCAGUGGACAGAUACAACUGGGGGAGAGCUUUUUGAGAUACGAGAAUUUGAGAUGAGUGAAGAUGGAUCAGAUGAUGAAUUUGAUCAGGCGACUGCAAAGAGUUGUUCAUGCAUAAUAAUGUAGUCCUUCAUCUUUCUUAGGUGCUUAUGGGCUCGAUUUACAAGCCUUUCGUGCGCCACAUCACCUGAAAUCCGAGCAAUGGAAGUACUGGUUUUAUCAUCCCCCAGCUGUGUCAUCAUCGGAUGACAGGAAAAAAGGAAAGUUUGAGGUAAUGCAAGAUGUCAUGGCUAUUCACUGGCCUGUUCUGAUCAUAUUCUUGCUUGCAUUCCGUUCCAGCGAAAUGGGCAUUUUUUGUUUCCCUUCUUGUUUUCGAGGCUGCAAAUAUUGUAUUUUGGUGUUCAUAUAUUGUUGUUUAGAUUUGGAGAGGAUGGACAAGGAAUUUAGUCGUCUCAUUAUUUAUAUUUUGUAGGUGUCAAUAUGAAGUAGAGUUUCAUUUGAAAAGAUUUGUAAAUUUUGCUUUGAUUGAUGCUAUGAAGGAUUUCUAUGUACAUUUCCUUAUCA